CACGACCACAACCACUCGUGGAUUCGGGGGCGAGCCACUGUGGUUACCCCCAGAAACUUCGUGGAACUUCAGUAAUAAACAAUCACUCGCAAAAGGAAUGAGCUUGGCUUUCUCUUCACCUGCUUAUUAUCCACGUUCUGGAAAGACGUCCAAUGGCCAGGUUAGGCCAGUCUUUGGUACCACCAGGAAAUUCUUCAUGCCUAAAAUGUUUGCAUGUUCGGCAUCAAUAGCCACCCCAGACACUCAGGCAUAUGAAAUUGAGUUAGAGGACAAGAAGCACAUACUUUUAAGUGCUAUCCAGGAGACACAAAGGGGACUCUCCACAACUGCUGAGCAACGCUCUUCCAUUGAGGAGUCUCUGGUGAAUGUGGAGACGUACAACAUGGGCGAGCCAAUUGAUUUGGUAAAAUUGAAUGGAACAUGGCGCCUGCAGUAUACUUCUGCCCCUGAUGUGCUCGUUCUUCUGGAAGCUGCUGCUAGACUUCCUUUCUUUCAAGUUGGACAGAUCUUUCAGAAAUUUGAAUGUCAAGAUCAGACUAAUGGAGGUAUUAUUCGCAACAUUGUCCGGUGGAGUAUUCCAAAUUUGCUGGAGGACCAAGAAGGUGCCACAUUGCUUGUAUCUGCCAAGUUUUCUGCUGUAUCUGCACGUAAUAUCUAUCUUCAGUUUCAAGAGAUCACACUCCAAGAUAUAAUUAUUAGCGAGGAGCUACAGGCUGCAAUAGCUCCAGCAAUACUACCACGGUCUUUUAUAAGCUUGCAGAUAUUACAAUUCCUCCGUACUUUCAAAGCUCAAAUCCCCGUACGGGACCCUGGAAGGCAAUCAGUAGGAGGGCUAUAUUAUCUAUCUUAUUUGGAUAAUAAUUUGCUUUUGGGUCGUGCGGUUGGUGGAGGAGGAGUAUUUGUGUUUACCAGAGCCCAAUCUCUUUACUGAUGAGCAAUAGUUGCAAUAAUUGGAAACUGUUCUCAGCAAGCCAAUAUUUAUGCAAGUAGCAAAGCAAUACGGAGAGCAAGUAAUCAAUUCUUCUGGCAAACUGGCAGAGGCUUAUAUGCCCAGAAUUAUUGAUGUUUUCUUAUCCUUGCAUCAAGUAUCUCAGUCGUGGUAAAUAUUCCAUUUUAACGGCCAGUGAACUAUGUUUUGCUCUGUGUUUCUCUUAAGAAAAAGGUUCGAUUUUUAUUUUAUUAUGCUGCUUCAUAAAAAUUGCAGGUAACUUAACAGCCCUUUUUUGUUCGUUGAAUCCUCACACAUUCAUCAAAAUAACAUGUAUAAUCCACAUUUAAUUGGGAGGUUGAGGGCUUCUAUCAUUUGUUUGAGGGUCUCAUUCUAGCGAAAUCAUAUGGUUGAGUAAUGAAUAACUUGCCGGUUC